AUGGAAACUAUGAAGCAAAAGUUCUGCUCUAUGGUAUUUGUGGUGCUUUUGUUAAUGGUGGUGUCCAUUUUAUUUUUUAAAGCUGAUGGGUGUGAAGGGAAUGAUGAUGAUGAUAGUUAUGGCGGUGGACAGAGUAAUUGUUUCAAUGAUGGUGAUUCUGGUGUUGGAGCUGGCGGGGGUGGAGGUGGAGGCGGAGGUGGAGGAGGGUCCGGUGGAUAUGGUGGAGGCUAUGGCUAUGGAGGUGGCAAUGCUGGUGGAGGAGGAGGAGGAGGUGGUGGUGGUGGAGGAAAUGAUGAAGUUCAGAUUUACUCAACACAUGGGAAUAUUGGAAAUUUGGAAUCUCUUAAUAAUAGUAAGAUUAAUUACCUGUAG